UACCGGAAGUAAGUUUGUUGUURCAGUUUUAUGUUGUAGCUUAGCUUCUUUUAAGUGAGAUUUACGAUAGAAACCUUAUGUUAAGUUAUAUUUUAAGCUGAUAUGGCUAAAGAGCAACACUCCCACUGGGCGGAUAUUCUGAAGAGGAGAAUAGCGAACUCCAAAAACGACGAAAGGAACGAAGAGGAGAAGAAAUCAGAAGAAACCGAWUUAUUCACUAAAUAUUACACGGAGUGGAGAGGAGGGGUCGAGACAGACGAGUCCUACAAGACCAUCCCACGAUUUUAUUAUAAGCUUCCAGCAGAGGAUGAAGUACUUCUUCAGAAACUGAGAGAAGAAUCCAGGGCUGUUUUUCUCCAGAGGAAGAGCAGAGAGCUGCUAGAYAAUGAGGAACUACAGAAUCUGUGGUUCCUGCUYGAUAAACAUCAGGUGCCUCCGGUGAGCGGAGAAGAAGCCAUGAUUAACUAUGAAGCCUACCUGCAGGUGGGGGAUAAGGCAGGACCCAAGUGCAGAAAAUUCUUUACAGCCAAAGUUUACGCCAAGCUGCUGCACAACGACCCCUACGGCCGAAUUUCCAUCAUGCAGUUCUUUAACUACGUCAUGAGGAAAGUUUGGCUGCAUCAGACCCGAAUAGGCCUGAGUCUGUAUGAUGUAGCAGGUCAAGGCUACCUCAGAGAGUCGGAUCUGGAGAACUACAUCCUGGAGCUGAUUCCAACUCUGCCUCAGCUCGACGGACUGGAGAAGUCCUUCUACUCGUUCUACGUCUGCACAGCUGUUCGCAAGUUCUUUUUCUUCCUCGACCCGCUCCGAACCGGAAAAAUUAAAAUUCAAGAUAUCUUGGCCUGCAGUUUUUUGGAUGAUCUGUUAGAGUUGAGAGACGAGGAGCUGUCUAAAGAAAGCCAGGAGUCUAACUGGUUUUCAGCCCCGUCGUCUCUCAGAGUUUAUGGCCAGUAUCUGAACCUGGAUAAAGAUCACAACGGUAUGCUGAGCAAAGACGAGCUGUCCCGUUACGGCACGGCGACUCUUACUUCAGUCUUUCUGGACCGAGUGUUUCAGGAGUGUCUCACCUACGAUGGAGAAAUGGACUAUAAGACCUAUCUGGACUUCGUGUUGGCCCUGGAGAACAGGAAGGAGCCGGCAGCGCUGCAGUACAUUUUUAAACUUCUGGACAUGGAAAACCAAGGCCACCUCAACGUCUUCUCCCUCAACUUCUUCUUCAGGGCCAUUCAGGAGCAGAUGAAGCUGCACGGUCAGGAGCCCGUCUCCUUCCAGGACGUCAAAGAUGAGAUCUUUGACAUGGUGAAGCCCAAAGACCCCUACAAGAUCACGCUCCAGGAUUUGGUGAACAGCUGCCAGGGCGACACGGUGGUCAGCAUCCUGAUCGACCUCAACGGCUUCUGGACCUACGAGAACAGAGAGGUGCUGGUGGCCAAUGACAGCGACAGCAGCAGCACAGCUGAGCUCGACAUCACUUGAACAGUUAGGAUCGUAGACACUGUGUUUUAUUUCCUACAAAAAUGUGAAAUAAGAGGAAAUGUAUCAUUUUUUCUAUAAAGGACUUUUUUCCACCYUUUUUUCCCCUCAAGCUUCUUUCCUGAAAUCAGAUAUUUUUAUGACCCACUGUCAUACAUGUUUGUUUGCCUGCUUCCUCACACCUGAUUUAAAAAAUAAUCUCAGAAUGUCGAGUUUAACCAGAAGUCUGUCAUCGACUCGUUCAGGUGGGCCUCAAGGACCUCUGCUUUAAACCGUUUAGUUUGUCCAUAUUCAUGAUUUAUAAAAGCAUUUUAGUGUAGUUGAAUCUGAUCUGUUUUGUUUUGGUCAUUUAUUUGUUUAAAUUUUUUUUUUUUUUUUUUUUUUUUUUAAUGAACGGGAACCAUCUUGAUUAUUAAGUCAAAUUCUACAUAACUAAAACAGAUUAAAAAGAGUUGUAAAACACAAA